GUCCGGCAUUAGUCAUAUGCGGCGUGUGAGUGCAUGUGUAACAAGUAUGUAUUUUUGUACCAAACUACAAAGCGCGCGUUUAUUUACAAUAAAUAUAAUAAAUAGACAUUUGUUUACCAGUAGCAGAAAAGAGAACAAUCCGUCGAAGCAAAGUAGAUUGAUAAACAAAUUAUUACAGAAAAGUAAAUAUGUUAAAGUUGGUAAAGACGCUUUUAGCGUUGGUGAAACGGCAGAAAGGGGACCUUCCAUACAUACAACACGAAGGAUGAAUGUUUUGAAUAAAAUUUUUAUGCAACACGUUACCGAUUUAAUGUCAACCGGAGAAAUGAAUUCUGCUCUUGUAGAGAAAAGUAUAGAAAUUACAGAUUUAAAAAUAACCGCAGAUUUCAAACUCGUUAAUGUAUUUUGGAUCGAUAAUAGUACGGAUACAUCCGAUACGGAAGAAGUAUUACGUAGUUGUGCGUUUCGAUUAAGGCACGAGUUAAGUCAACUUCGUAUUAUGGGCAAUGUACCUCCUAUACAGUUUGUAAGGUGUAAGCAUUACAAUAAAUUAUUAGAGCUAGAAAAGAGAUUUGCGACUGCAGAUUACGGAGAAGAUUAUAUACCUAAUAUAUAUCCGUUUGCUGUAAACCAUAUUGUUACGUCUAAAACGUCUGCUAACAAAAAUGACAGUGAAACGUCGAGUACAAACUUAGAUAGUACGGACGAUGCCUUCUACAUAACUUUACCAGUAAUGAAACACGAUGUAUUCGGAUUGGAUCAUUCUAGAAUAAUGACAAAGAUUAAGGCAUCGUUACUUCAGUCGAAGAAGUUCAAGUUAAAACAAGCAACGUGUGUACAAUCGGACGUGACUUCUUCUGAAUCUCGUGUACAAAAUAGUUCAGAUUACCUUACCGAAAAACAACAACAAGAACAAUUUUCAAAAUUCUUAAAAGCAAAACGAAAAGAACAAAAAAUGAAGCAUAAAAAGCGUCUUGAUAAUAAUGUUAUUUAUGAUCUUAACGAAGAAAAUGAAGAUGAUUCUGAUUAUGACUUUGAUAUAGAUUAUAACGAAGAUGAAUAUGAAGAGAAAUUUUAAAUGUCUGCAAAGAAU